GCUACACUGCUACGCCUGGCCGGGAUCGGGGCCGUUAUGGGGCGGAACCGGGAUUCGGCUUCCUGCGAGGGGCUCUGACCCAGGCGGAGUGGCUUGUGCUUCAUGCGCUGUCCCCGGCCUAUCAGCAGCUGCCAGUGGCGUGUGCACUUGGAGGCUCGCCUUUUCACGCCGUCUAGUCCUGCUGCUCCACGGCUUUGCCGCCAUCAGUCCCUGUCGUGAGGCCGCUAAGAGCUAAAGUGCGCUUGGCGGCCGCUCCUCGGACAGGCUGCUGCGUGUUGGGCUUCAGCGUUAUAUGGCAGGCCCUGCUACCCCAGGGUGGGCGCUCGGUGCUGGAGCUUGUUGGCCCCGGGGUCUGUAAUGGCGAGGUCAGGGGUGUCAGGUGCAGGUAGAGGAAGGUGAAACAUUUGGACCUGUCAUCCUCAAAGUAAAAAGAAUUUUUAUUCUUAAUUAGUUAAUGUUACUGUUUACGCUUGGGAUUCUUCUCUUUAGAAAGGCAGGCGGAAGUGGGAAAAGUUACCAUAUGGCAGCUCCAGGAAAGGCGGCAGCUUUCCGUCUGCCUCCCCUGCCAACUAUUGGAGAGAUUAUUAAACUCUAUCGCCUUAAAGCACAGAAACAACUUUCCCAGAAUUUUCUACUGGAUUUGCGACUGACAGACAAGAUAGUGAGACACGCUGGCAAUCUGAAAAAUGCCCAUGUUUGUGAAGUGGGCCCCGGGCCAGGAGGGAUUACCAGAUCCAUUCUCAGUGCUGGUGUUGAACAACUCCUUUUAAUUGAAAAAGAUGCUCGAUUUAUUCCGGGAUUACAGUUGUUAUCUGAAGCAACUCCAGGAAAAGUGCGCAUUGUUCAUGGAGAUAUCCUGACAUACAAGAUGGAGAAUGCUUUUCCAAAGCACUUAAAAAAGAACUGGGAGGAUGAGCCACCAGGUAUACAUAUCAUUGGGAAUCUCCCCUUCAGUGUUUCAACUCCUCUAAUCAUCAAAUGGCUUGAAAAUGUUUCCAAAAAGGAUGGGCCUUUUAUUUAUGGCAGGACACAGAUGACAUUGACUUUUCAGAAGGAAGUUGCAGAGAGGCUUACAGCUAAUCCAGGAGGUAAGCAACGUAGCAGGCUGUCCAUCAUGUCUCAGCAUCUCUGCACUGUUGAAAACUGUUUCGUGAUUCCAGGUGAAGCUUUUGUUCCAAAGCCAGAGGUGGAUGUGGCUGUGGUGCAUUUCACUCCACUGGUGCAACCAAAGAUAGAGCAGCCAUUUGAACUCGUAGAAAAAGUGGUUCAAAGUGUUUUUCAGUUUAGAAGAAAAUACUGCUUCCGUGGACUUGAGACCUUGUUUCCUGAAAGUGGACGUUUGAAAAGAACAGAACAGCUGAUGAUGACAGCAAAUGUUGAUCCAACUCUGCGUCCUUUUCAGCUCUCCAUGUCGCAAUUUAGAAAUCUGUGCAAUACAUACAGGAAAAUGUGUGAUGAAGACUCUAGCCUUUUUGUGUACAAUUAUAGAGAAGAACUAAAGGAAAAGAAGACAAGAAAAUUACUUAAAAGUACUGAAGAGACUGAAGAGGAAAAUGAGCUGUAACAGCUGUAAUUGCAGCAGACUGGUUUUUUUAUUAGUUUUAGCUCCUUAAUCUAGAGUUGAUUCAGUAAAAGGAGGCUUAUAUAUUCCUGCAUCUCUGCAGGGUUGGAAGAAUUACUUUUGAGAAAGUGGUGGAGAGAAAGGGCUUUCCCAUUUUAUUUAUUCAUUCCAUUCAGCUGCAGACAAAAGUGAAAAGAUAGUCCAGUUACAAGGUGCCUACGGGGUUCUUUUACUUCAGGGGAAUGGCUAGAACACAUACCGAGAACAAGGUAUGUUGUAAGACAUGUAAUUAAGUUGGGAUGCUUCCGAAAUAACUGAGUUCUAUAUGAACAAAAGUGCAUUAUUAAAAUGUAAGAAAAAAUACUUUUCAUACUUCAGCAUGUAGACAGUAUUUGGUGUUUUGUGCUCUUUUUAUCCUGGAACAGCCUACUGUCCAGGGUAACUGAAAAAAACAAAAGCCGAAAUUCCUGUAUAAAUAUACUCAAGUGACGGGCUUACAGGAGGGUAAAGUGCACAGAUUGUCUCAAGGUCUCCUAAUACUCUUCUCAUUUAUGUAAAAGCAAAGAAUUUGGGAUUUAAAGCUCCAACUAGGGAAAAGCAGCAUGAUAAAAAGUAGAGAACAUGGCUAAGUACAAUACUUAUUUGUCUUUUACUGUACAGGCUGGUAUAGAAAACAAAAAAUACAGUCAAAUAAAAGAUUA